AUGAAUAUCGACAUCCCAAAGCUGGUCAAGGCCGCUGUGCCGGAUUCCGAAGGACGAAAUGCGCGCAUCGUCUCGGACAAUUGGAAUCGCCCCGUCCACAGAGAUCCUAACUUCCUGUCCAAGGACUUUCCAAGAGGUCGACCGAAGCUGUAUAUCAGUGCGGAAAGUGAAGAGUUUGACCAACUCACGCUAGACGAGUGGCGCGAUGAGGACUUCGAUGUGGAGUACCUCCCGAUGGGGGGCAACGCGAAAGAGUACCGCAACAAACUCCGAUCGUUGAGCAAAACCAAUAUGGGCCCUUCAUACGGAGAUGCCGCAGCUGCCUGUCUUGAACACUAUCAUGUCAUGGACAACAAUCCAGAGUUCAAGCUGGGUCUUCUCAUUGCCUACUACCCAACGGCGAUCCCCGAUCCCAAGGGCCACUUUCCUAGCAGCAUUUCCGCUCUUGUUCAUCUCGCCGCGGGGGAGGAGAUUGGUGUCACAAAACAGAGCCAGAUGGUGGGGAUUCAAGGGAAGCGACGCACGACCCGAAAAAGGGUGGAAAACGGCAUGGGAAUCGGAGGAAUGCUGCAGCUGGCGUAUCCGAGUUACACCUACGAUGCGGAGCCUGGUUUUGCAGAGCACGAUUUGGACGAGUACCAUCCAGUCUCGGCUGAAUUGGCAUGGAGCCGAAGCCUUGGUGCGGCGAAGAAGGCGUUCAAUAAUCAUGCCGACUUGGAGCUCGUGUUGGAGCAAAAUGUGCAGGCUUGCGAUGUCCCCAAUGAUCUCGGCGAAGCGGAUCAUGGCCCAAGACUCGAAGCUGACCUAUUUGCAGGCAAGUUCUUCACUCGCAACCUAAACCAAACCCUUUCAUCGUAUACAACACACAAGACCCCUCAUGUCACUCACAUUCCGACAUUGACCGGCGGAGUCGGAGCGCAAGAGCUGGAAGCCUUUUACAAGCAAUUCUUCAACAACCCCCCGUCAAUGAAACUUACGCUUAUUUCCCGCACUAUCGGGACUGAUCGUGUCGUUGAUGAGGUUCACGUCCGUUUCAAACACACGGAAGAGAUGCCAUGGAUUCUGCCAGGCGUCCCAGCAACGAACAAACGGGUCGAGGUGCUUGUUGUUAGCAUCGUUGGGCUGAGAGGAGGCAAACUCUACCACGAGCAUGUGUAUUGGGAUCAAGCGAGCGUGUUGGUGCAAGUUGGCUUGCUAGACCCGAAUCUUGUGCCAGAAGCAGGGCGCAAGAUUGGCGUUGAGAGACUCCCCGUUGUCGGUAGAGAAGCAGCAAGAAGAGUUCUGAGAGGGUGGGAUGACAAUGAAGGGGAGGCCGACAAUGAGCUUGUGCCGGGCUGGCAUGAAGAAGCGGUCGGAGAUGAAAAGACAGCCAAAGGCAAGCAAAACAGUGGAGGGACGACCAAGGACCAGAAAGGGGGUCAGAAGGAGGGACAUCCAGCCGCGAAGCCGUUAACGGAAAGGCCGAAGCCUACAACCAUUAUGUUGUAUUUACCGUUCGCGGGUGAUCUAUACAUCGGCAGCUCGAUGAUGCCAACACCAAUCGAUGGCAUUACAGCAGAAAAUAACCAGGUCGCUCCAGAGUACGUAAUCCUUGAUACAUCCAAUGUUAAUGUCGGCGUGUCGGGCUGCCUGCCCCGCAUCUCCACCCACCACAUCCCCCAAUGGGCAUCCCUCCUCCUUGGCUCCCUGCCCGAACCCAUGGCCGGACAAGUCUGGAUUCCUACAAAGUUCUCCCCGCUCCCGUCCGCUGAACCAACUGCAACCUUUCUUUCGAUUCAUUCACGGGAUAUACUUACGUCAGAAGACACCUUCGCCGUCACUCAUACACUUUGCUGCCGUCAACAGCGUCUGCUUGCUUCUCAACUUUUGACAUCCUCCUUCUCUACCUCAUCUAUUCGUCAAAAACCCGCCUUACCUGCCGCAUGGAUCGUUCAAGUCGGAAUCAAUUUGGUGGCAACACAUAUUGUUGCCUAUACUGCCAAAGAGUGCCCAGUAGCUCAAGUAUGCCGGAUAGACUCCUACUUCGUCAACGCCCACCGAGAAAAAUCCAAUUUACAAGUCCAUCGCUUGAAUCUAUUUGAGCCUCGCAUCCACAACCCUCGAAACUCCCGGAGAACAUGCCUCCCAACCGAUCUCUCUAAGCCGACUUGCCGCCAAUGCGCUGCCUCCGGCACCAAGUGCGACUACAAUAGCCGACUCAUUAGAUGGAGCACACGGCCAACUCCUCAUGUUCCUCCAGCCUACUGCAUCCCACGAAACGACUUGCACUUGACCGUUUACCUUGAAGUGUGCGAGCGGCGCGCUCUUGACUAUUUCCAUCUUCGCGUCUGGCCACUUCUCUCCACGGCAGAGGAACCGUGUGCUCCUCCGAGUUCGGUGGCUCUGGAGCACCGCGUCGUUUUGCUCGCUGCUUGUUUGCUGUCUGACUCUCACAGGCUCCUACAAGACGGUACGCACGACCACGAUUCUCUCAGCAAGAAGCGGCUGGAAUGCCUGGCUGCCGUUCGAACCGAGAUAGACCGCUGCUGCGUUGAGCCCAAGAGGGAUGGACCCACGACCGGGCUCUUAUUUGCCGUCAUCCUCUUGUACUUUGAUGACGGAUACAUGGGUUGCGUCCUCAAGUCAGCCUCGACCUCUAGUCAUUACAAUGGCAUCCUAGCUAUCCUCGAGCAUUUAGGUGGCAUCGAGGCCGUAGUGUCGACAGCCCCCGAGCCGCUGCACAUGCUGCUCUCAGAGUUCGCGACGACGGAUCUCACAACAUCCAUGAUUCAGGGUAAGCCUUCGGCAUUCCCUCCUGACGUGUGGCACCGGCUCGAUAAGGGCCCUGUUUGGUGGGGUCGUGACCCGUUGGGUAGAUGCUCCCUGGCGUCCGUCUUUCGCGAAAUUGCCAAGAUGGGCCUGUACCUACAAGCGACGACAAGCAUGGCCGAGGAUCUGUCUAUCGAGCGCAUCCGCGAAUUCGAAGCGUCCCUUCGUCCAGUCUAUGCGCCACUGACUGUCGCCGAUGCUGACGGCCAGAGCCCCUCCGAGGUAUCCGACUGCUCCACGUCUGCAACAGAAGCCGAGGCUGUACAUGCAUUCACCCUCGUCCGCAUCUUCCAACACACCGCCUUGCUGUACCUGUAUAGAGCCAUUUGUGGUCUUCCGACCCGUCACCCGCUUGUGCAGCAGCAUGUCAAAUCCUGUCUCGCUUGCAUAUUUGAGAUUCCUCGGGAGGCAAACAAUCUUAACUGCAUCGUCUUCCCGCUGUUCAUCGCCGGAGCCCACGUUUCAACGGCAGAAGAGCAAAAGGCCGUUCUUGACAUGGCUGACGUGAUAUACGAUGAUAUGCGAUUCGCUUCGAUCGACGCGGUCAAAGCUUUCUUCAAGACGAUUUGGCCGUCCAGAUCUGGGGAGAAGACCUGGCUUGAAAUUUUCAGCCAUCUCAGCCCACACGUCCUAGUGCUAUGA